GCUUAGAUUUCCGUUUUGACACAUUUUGUCUGCGUGCAAAGGAAGGUAUGGUUUUACAAGUUAGUAACUCUCGUCAGUUAUGCUGAUUAGGUAUCCACCAUUCCCUAAAAAAUGACUUUCAGAAGACUAAUUAAACAAAACAGCAAUGACAAUUAUAUUUUGGGUGACAGGCGUAAAAGUGGUCGAUAUCCUGCAUUUUCAGUCAAUAGAGAAACAGACAAUAAACGACUUCAGACGCUUGCAACACUUGGGACAUUGCCAAGGGGGCGCAAACAGCUGACUCGAUGUAGGUCAAACUCGCUGGUGGAUUACACUGACUCUCCAAGGACAAUCAUUGUUUUAGAAAAACAAGACAAUGAAACGUUUGGAUUUGAAAUUCAGACAUAUGGUUUACAACAUCAGAACAGCAACUCUCUGGAAAUGUGUACCUUCAUUUGUAAAGUACAUGAAGACAGCCCAGCUGAGGCUGCAGGGCUGACAACUGGUGACAUUAUAGUAAGCAUCAACGGCAUCAGAUCGGAAGGGUUCUCUCACCAGCACACUGUGGACCUGAUAAAAGCCUCUAGUAACUGUUUAAGGUUGGAGACUAUUAAUGGAACAGCUGUCAAAAGGAUUGAACUUGAAGCCAAGCUGCAGUUCUUACAGCAAACCUUACAAGAGAAAUGGGUGGAGUUCCGAAAAUUGCUGCUACAAGAACAACGCCUCGCUCAGGGAAACCUAAAUGAAUGUAAUCCCCAAGACACACUGGAAUCCCUUUCAUCUCCCACACUGAGUGUUGAUGCUGGCAGUGCUACUUUCUCCCCGGCUCUGCGAAUCAAGCACAGGUUUUCAAGUGGCAGCAGCUGUAAGAGCCAGCUGAGUGUCAUGACAGACGACAGUGAUGACCAGCAUUAUGUGUUUGAGGACUUGGCAACAAGCCCCUGUAGGCGUGGAAGCGUGGAUGAUGAAUGCUUCUUUCCCAGGGACAGUAAUGCAAUGGGGGAGAAGGCUUCAGUGACCAGAACCAGGAGUAUUAGCCUGGCAAGCAGUAACAGUGGGUCAGGGUCACCUUCAUGGGUCAUGCCGGGUAAUGCAGGUUUGUUUGGGACUCUUCCAAGGAAAAUGAAACGAGGAAGUGUCAAGAAACGUCUUUUGAAGUUCAUCCCAGGUUUAAACCACUCAGUGGAGGAGGAAGAAACCCAUUAAUGUUACAGUAACUUUUUUUUUUUUUUUAGUGCAACAGUAGAAGCACAUGAAGCAUUAGGGACAAGAGCAUUAAAAGGAAACAUUUGUUUAAUAUGUGUAUGUCCUGUUAUAUUACCAAAUAUAUAUAUAGCAGCAGUGUGGCGUAGUGGUUAGGGCUCUGGAUUCUUGACCAGAGGGUUGUUGGUUCAAUCCCAGGUGGGGGACACCGCUGCUGUACCCUUGAGCAAGGUACUUUACCUAGAUUACUCCAGUAAAAACCCAACUGUAUAAAUGGGUAAUUGUAUGUAAAAAUAAUGGGAUAUCUUGUAACAAUUAUAAGUUGCCCUGGAGAAGGGUGUCUGCUAAGAAAUAAAUAAUAAUAUAUACAUGCAAAAGUAUAUGAUUGAAAUACUUUAGGAAUGAAAAGGAAAGCAAAUAUUUCUGCUUUGAAGGCUUGGCUGUCUGAACUUGCAAAAACAAUAUAAAUGUCUUGAGUUACCAAUGUUGCAGUUAUGGAGCCUGAUAGGGUGUCCCUUUUUUGUGCAUUUAAACUGAGUAAAAGAGUUAAGAAACAACUUUUUUAAUGCAUUAAAUCCUGUUUCUACUACAAAAACAUUUUAUUUACUACUUAAACUUUUGAGCAGUUUAAAUGAAAGUUAUAUUAAUGCCUAAUAUGACAUUUGAUUCAUGACACAUUGAUCAUUUGUCUUCUGAUGUAUGGGUCUUAAGACUGAAGAAUGAUUCCAAUGUUGUGGUCUCUGGGACAAUACAAGUUGAAUGGAAGGGCGCAGACUUGGAAGGUAAUGUAGUCAGAUGUCAGCCAGUGUGAUCAAAUAAUACCGUUCACACAGGAAGGGAGGGGUAACUGAAAUGUAGCAUAUGUCCAUUAGUAGACUAGCAUUGUAGCACAUCAGCAACAGCACAUUUUAAGCAAAGCAUGUUUUUAUUGCUACAAGUAUUUAAUUUAGUUUAACAUUUGUGCUACUAAUGUUGUAUUCUGUACUGUAUGCCGCUUUCUGUUAAACACUGCUAACAGAUUACAUUACUGCACCUAGAACUUUCUCUGGACAAAAACAUUUUAUAACCAGGAAAAUGGCUCUGUAUUUCUAACUGCUUUUCUAACAGAUGGUAAUUAAAAACAGUAGCUGUUAAGAAGUUCUACAUUAAGGGAGACAAUACAUUUAUGUAGUUUGUAUGUUAAAAAAAGAAAAAGCUAAUUAUGUUUUUUUUUUGUGGUGGGUUUUGAAAUCUAGUAACAUUCAGCUGUAAUUACAAAAUAUCUGCCUACAAAUAUCUGUAUUUUGUAAUAAACAGGUAGUUAUGCUGUAAACUACAUAGCUAAAUGUGUAAAUACUGUGAUAUUAUAGUUUAAUAAAGAGACACUUAAUGUAAAAAGUUACCUGAAAUGCCAGUUUUAAAGAGCAACAUUUACUGAUAUACAGUUUUAUAGUUUAACAAUUAGAAUGAAAAACAGCACCUUGACUGCUUUAAUGACUGUGACCACAAAAAAUAUGAGCAACGUCCUGAACCUGAUUAAAAACAGGAUGUGGGUGUUUAAAAAGGUGCAUACAGGGUUUCAUAGUUUUUUUUCCGAAACCAAGUUGUGUCUUUAACAAUCUUUAGAUGCAUAUUUUAUAAUGUAAACUGUCGUCUAGUAUGUAUACUUGUGUCCAAGGAAUUCAUCUGUAAAAUAGUAAAUGUUUCUGAAAUGUACUAUGCAUUUUUAAAUUUUAUUUCAGUUACCACAAAUUAUUAUGAUAUAAAUAAUUAUGUACAUUUUACAGAAACAAAUCUGGUGGUGCAAACUUUAAGCACAUGGUAAACUCUUGCCUAGGCCAU